AGUUGGAUAACCUACAUAUUAGUAAACUGCGUGAUCGGUGAUUAGUUUGACCAUUCGAAGCCGAAUGCUCUGUUUGUUUAUUACUCUUCAAGAUGACAGAGGAAGUUCAAAGACAUUCUGUACAUACUCUUGUUUUCCGUUCUUUGAAAAGGACACAUGACAUGUUUUUAAAUAGUCAAGGAAGUCUUCCUCCCGUUGAUGAAUUAGCGGAAAAAAUUAAAAGAGGCAUAAAAUCCCGUGACAGUUAUAGUCUUGUAUUAGAUAAAGUUAAACAGAGUAAAUCAGUUCGAAGUAUCAGUUCUGAAAUGAAACAGGACCGAACAUUUGAUUCAGAUGGAAAUGCUGAUAUACAAGAGCAAACUGAAACCUCGGUGGUACCUUAUAACAGUGGAGGUGCAGUGGCUGUACAACAAAAUACCACUAUCACUUCCAUUAUACCAAGGAAGGCUCCAGCAAUGCCUAAACCGAAAUGGCAUGCUCCUUGGAAGUUAUACAGAGUAAUUUCUGGUCAUUUAGGAUGGGUUCGUUGUGUCACUGUGGAGCCUGGUAAUGAGUGGUUUGCUACCGGAUCAGCCGACAGGGUUAUUAAAGUUUGGGAGCUGGCUACAGGUAAACUGAAAGUUUCACUAACUGGCCAUAUAAGCAGUGUCCGUGGUCUUGCUGUCAGUCCUCGGCAUCCAUACUUGUUCAGCUGUGGAGAAGAUAGACAAGUCAAGUGUUGGGAUCUCGAAUACAAUAAGGUUAUAAGGCAUUACCACGGCCAUUUAAGUGCUGUAUAUUCUCUUGCUCUGCACCCAACAAUAGAUGUUCUAAUCACAGCUGGUCGAGAUGCGACUGCAAGAGUAUGGGACAUGAGAACAAAGGCAAAUGUUCACACUUUGACUGGGCACACUAAUACUAUUGCGAGUGUUAUCUCGCAAGCUGCUGAACCACAGGUAAUUACUGGUAGUCAUGAUUGUACAAUAAGACUCUGGGAUUUGGCUGCUGGGAAAUCCAUUGCAACACUUACCAAUCAUAAAAAAAGUAUACGAGCUGUUACCUUUCAUCCUACUUUAUAUAUGUUUGCAUCUGCAAGUCCCGACAACAUAAAACAAUGGAAAUGCCCAGAAGGAGUGUUUAUCCAGAACUUAUCAGGACACAAUGCCAUCGUGAAUUGUUUAGCAAUCAAUCCAGAGGGAGUCUUAGUUUCGGGAGCUGAUAACGGAACCCUGCAUUGUUGGGAUUGGCGGACGGGAUACAACUUCCAACGGUUACAGGCACCAGUUCAACCAGGAUCUAUGGACAGCGAGUCGGGAAUAUUCUCUAUGACGUUUGAUCAGAGUGGAAGUAGGCUGAUUACGACUGAAGCUGAUAAAACAAUAAAAAUUUAUAAGGAAGAUGAUACCGCUACAGAAGAAUCGCAUCCAAUUCAUUGGCGACCUGAAAUACUCAAAAGAAGAAAAUAUUAAUCUGAUCUAUUAUCUCUUAUUUAUAUUAAAAUUGUCUAAAAUCCUAGUUUAUUAAUUACUUGUAAAUACAUUAUUUUCUAUAUGUUUUUAGAACCAAUGGUCAUAUUGACCAAAAUGUACAAAAUAUUAUAUAAAUAAAAAUGUGUACAUAUAUCUUUACUCAAAUUUUAAACUUAAAAAAUGAACAUAUUACAUUAUGACCUUUACUAUAUGUUAGUUUCAAAUAAAAUUAUUAUUCAUUUAUAUUCCCUAAUGUAAUGAUAUUAUAAGGCCACUACGUUCCAACAAGUUAAUUUGAUAAUUAGUUAAUGAUUGUUUAUGACCUGAUGAUCAGGAAAUGGCCUCAAAGGGUGCAUCUGAAUUUGAUUGAUAGUAAAAAAUGGAAGCUAAAGUGUUUGCAUAGUAGAAUUUAUGUAGUUUCUUUACCAUUUAUAUUGGGUAUAUAUGUCAUAUGGGCGUAAUAAUCCAUCAAUUUAUCGCCCUGAAACCCCUACUCUUGAGUAUAUAAUUGCCUGCAAUUGAAGUUCUUGUUUUUUUUUUUGUUUUUUUUUUCAAAAACACUGCUAUCACAUAGACUUAAGCACUAAACUGUUUGGAGAAUGGCUUAGCACUUAUAAGGAUAAUAAAACAAUAAUAAAAAAAUAACAAUUUAUUAACUAAAAGUAAAUUAAAUGUAAAAAUAAUUAUAGAUCUUAAAAUUUUAUACAUCAGCUACUUUAAAUAAACCUCUUAAAAAAGUUUUUUUAUACAACUUCUUCAUUUUCACUUUCUUCUUCCGUUUCACUGUACUGAUCUACGUUGUCCCUGUAAGUUGUAAUACUUUGUAUGGGUGGUAAGGCGUCUCCCAUAGUAGACCUCGCUGCCUUCAAUCUCUCAGUAGCGUGUUUAAGUUGAACUUCUUUUAAGUGUUUCGUCUGCUCAUAUUGCAGUUUUAAAGAUUCUUCCAAAGAUAUCAAUUUGGCAUCACCAAAAACCGGAGGUGGUGGAGUUGCAGCGGAAAGAUCUCUAACUUUCUUAUUAGCCUCGAUUGAAUUUGAUACCAAUGUUUUGUAAGGCAGAAAUUUCUUUUUUGGUUCAACUUUAUCGAUUUUAUUACUCAAGUUAAUUGCAUAAACUUCUUCAAUGUCAGCUAAUGUUAUAAGAGGUUCUUCUUCUUUUUCAACCCUACAAAACAGAAAAAUAUCAUAAUGGAAACAAUACCAUAAAACAU